AUGGGGCACGAUGAUGGUGAUAUGUACAAGACCAUAGAGAUCAGAUUCAUCGACAGCUGUCGCUUUAUGGCAUCCUCGUUGGACAAAUUGGCAAGCAACCUCAUUGGUUUAAACACGGCAGGUAUGAAAUGUCAGCAAUGCGCGGAUUUUCAGAGCAUUGACGCCAAGUAUGUGGCAAGCGUUUGGUGUAAAAAUUGCGAGUCGAAUACCACGAAGCAGCUAGACAAGGAGCAGCUGACAGCGAUUCAAGGAAACGGAACUACCCCAAAGGAGGCUUUCUAUAGCAAACUGAAUAUGAAGAAGAUUAGCGACAACGACUACAAGCAUGGUCAAAAAGUAUGGAAGUGCAUCACUCCAGAGGGUGCUGAGGUCAACAUCGGUGACUAUCACAAUGUGUAUCUCGUCGCAGACGUCUUGCUACUAACCGACAUCUUCCAGGGCUUUCGAGGAGUGUGUCAGGAGAACUACAAGCUCGAUCCCACCCCUUUCUACAGUGCACCUGGUCUCGCUUGGAAAGCAGCAUUGAAGUACACGGGGAUCAAGCUGGAGCUCCUUACGGAUCCCGACAUGCUCCUGAUGUUUGAAAAAGGUAUCCGGGAUGGUAUCACUCAAGCUGUACACAGAUAUGUCAAAGCCAACAACCAGUACAUGGGGGAGCAAUACGAUCCGGAGGUUGAGUCGUCAUACUUGCAGUACCUUGAUGCCAACAAUUUGUACGGCUUGGCCAUAUGUCAAGAUCUGCCCACGCAUGGGUUCAAAUGGCUGUCGAAGGUUGAGACCUUUACAGAGAAGAGGAUCGGGAAGCUCGUUGCUGACAACAAGCAUGGUUAUAUCUUGGAGGUUGAUAUAAAUUAUCCAAAGAGCCUGCACGACAAGCACAACGAGCUGCCCUUCCUACCGGAGCGCAAGGUGAUUCACAAGGUCGAGAAACUAAUACCAAAUCUCGAGCACAAGCGGAAGUACGUGGUGCACAUCAGAGCCCUUCAUCAAGCUUUAAAGCAUGGGCUUGAGCUCAAGAAGGUAUAUAGAGUCAUCCAGUUUAGCCAGAAGCCCUGGCUGAGAGGUUAUAUCGACCACAACACGAGUCUGAGAACGGCCGCCAAAAACGAGUUCGAGAAGGACUUCUAUAAGCUUAUGAACCUCCCGGUGUUUGGUAAAACUAUGGAGAACCUGAGGAACCAUCACAACAUCCAGUUGGUUACCAACGAAGAGAAGUAUACGAAACUUGUCAUGAAGCCAAACUUCAAGGGCGGGAACUACUUCAGCAGCCGCCUCAUGGGCGUGGAAAUGUGUAAAACAGAGGUAAAGAUGAACAAGCCGGUGUAUAUUGGUCAAGCUAUUUUAGACAACUCGAAAAUCGUAAUGCACGACUUUCACUAUGACUAUAUGCAGCCCAAAUACGGUAGAAAGUUGCGGAUCUGCUAUAUGGCCACCGAUUCCUUCGUGUACCACAUCAGAACAGAGGAUUUUUAUCGUGACAUUUCCGAUGAUUUAGAGACACGUUUCGAUACCAGUGCCUAUAGCAAGGAUGAUAACAGACCUCUCUCCAUUGGCAAAAACAAGAAGGUGGUAGGUCUCAUGACAGAUGAGCUUAAUGGUAAGAUCAUGACAGACUUCAUUACACUGAGAGCUAAGCUGUAUGCAUACAAGAGUCUCACGAAAGAGGGCGGUGAUCGCAAAGCUAAAGUGGCUUUGAAGACUAUCAGCGCUGCUUGGAGGAUGGAAGUGAACAAGCCGAAACUCAAUAGGGCAGAUGACAAAUGGAUAGUGCAGCCUGAUCAUAUCACAACACUUGCCAGGGCAUUAAGGAGGACGGACAAUGGACGAAAAGGUGUAUCAAAUGCAUCGAUACUCAGAAGGCGUCUUAUGAACGAACAAAAUGCCAACAUCAAAAAGUAA